UGGGAAAUCACACACGGCUGAAAAAUCAAUGUGAACACAGAGUUGGCAUUUGUUUGAGUCACAAAAUUGUGCGCUCCUGUCAUAGAAAUACAAACUAUAACUUCAUGAAUAUUUUUGUUUCAUGAAGUAUCAACAUGAAAAAUGACACAGAAGUCACCACAUUUGUAUUGAAGGGCUUCACAGACAAUCGUGAAUUUCAGGUCGUCUUAUUUUUUCUAUUUCUAGCAAUCUACCUCUUUACUCUGAUAGGAAAUUUAGGACAGGUUGUAUUGGUCAUUGUGGACUCCCAGCUCCACAAUCCCAUGUACUAUUUUCUAAGUGUGUUAUCUUUCUUGGAUGCCUGCUAUUCCUCAGUAAUUACCCCAAAUAUGUUAGUGGGUUUGAUGUCAAAGAAUAAAGAUAUUUCAUUCCUUGGAUGUGCAACACAAAUGUUUUUCAGUGUUAUUUUUGGGACUACAGAAUGCUUUCUCUUGGCAGCAAUGGCUUAUGAUCUCUAUGUAGCAAUCUACAACCCACUUCUCUAUUCAGUUAAUAUGUCACCCAGAGUCUGUGUGUCACUCAUCACUUCUUCAUAUGUUGGUGGUAUUUCACAUGCUACUUUACACACAGUAGCAACUUUUAGCCUCUCCUUCUGUGCAUCCAAUGAAAUCAGACAUGUCUUUUGUGAUAUCCCUCCACUGCUUGCUAUCUCCUGUUCUGAUACUCACAUCAACCAGCUUCUACUCUUCUACGUUGUGGGUUUUAUUGAGAUAUUCACCAUCCUGAUUGUCCUGAUCUCCUACGGUUUCAUUUUGUUAGCCAUUCUGAGAAUGCGAUCUGCUGAAGGAAGGCGAAAAGUCUUUUCCACUUGUGGCUCUCACCUAACUGGAGUGUCAGUUUUUCAUGGAACAAUCCUUUUCAUGUACGUCAGACCAAGUUCCAGCUAUACUCUGGAUCAUGACAUGAUAAUGCCAAUAUUUUACAGUGUUAUGAUACCCAUGCUGAAUCCCAUUAUCUACAGUUUGAGGAACAAAGAUGUAAAAGAAGCAAUAAAGAAAGUGUUUGGGAGAAAUUGGCUUAUCAAUAAAGUAUGUUUUUAGCACUAAAUAUGAAAAGAAAAAUCAGGAGUCAUGGCAUAUGCCUCCAUGUGAAGAAGAUAUGACAAAGAUGGAAUUUUUAUUUCAGUUGAUUAGUGUCUUUUUAUUCUUCUUCAUAAUUUUGAAAUAAAAAUCAUAGCGAACCCUCAUCCUAGGCUAUUUUAUCACAUACAGAAAAACUAUGCCAUCAAUUUGCUUCUAUGUUCAUACUGCUUUACAUGUACACGUGCAGGUGUGCAUGGGUAUAUAUACAUAUAUAUGUAUAUGUAUAUACACACACGUAUGGGUAUAAAUUCUUGUUUUAAAGUAUUGUAUAUUUUUUCUCUUGCUUAUAAAUAUCUAUUGGGAAAUGGAAAAAAAAUAUACUUAUUUAGCAUGUUGUCAUUGUCGUUAGUUGCCUUUGAGUCAGAUCCCACUCAUAGCGACUACAUGUGCAACAGAAUGAAACAUUGCCUGGUUGUGCAUCAUCCUCACAAUUGGUGCUAUGCUUGAACCCAUUGUUGCAGCCCCUGUGUUAAUCCACCUUGUUGAGAGUCUGCCUCUUUUUCACUGACCCUCUACUAAGCAUAAUGUCCUUCUUCAGGAACUGAUCCCUCCUAAUAACGUGUUCUAAGUAUGUCAGUCAAAGACCAUUCAUGCUGGUCAUAAUGACCUAGGAUGGUUACGAGGACAUCUGCAACCCCUGGCUUUACAUGGUUGGGGUAUCUCCACAGAUCUGUCUUCAGCUUGUUGUUGUUGUUGUUAGAUGCCAUCAAGACUUAUAGCAACAAUAUGUGCAAGAAAUGCUAACCCUCUACUUUACCAAGCAUGGUGUCUUUUUCCAGGGACUGAUCCUCCUGAUAACAUGUCCAAAACUUGUGAGACAUAGCCCCACCAAACUUGCUUUAAGGAGCAUUCUGGUUGUACUUUCGCACGACAGAUUUGCCCAUUCUUUUAGCAAUUCAUGGCAUACUCAAUAUUUUUUGCUAACAGCACAAUUCAAAGAUGUCAAUUCUUCUAUCUUCCUACUUCAUCGUGCAUGUUUUGCACGCAUACGAGGCUAUAGAAAACACGAUGACUUGCAUCAGGUGCACCUUAGUCUUCGAGGUGACAUCUUUGUUUUUUUAACACUUUAAAGAGGUCUUUGGCAGCAGAUUUGCCCAGUGCAAUGGGUCUUUUGAUGUCUUCAUGAGUGUUGAUUGUGAAUCCAAGUAAAAUGAAAUCCUUGACAACUUCAAUCUUUUCUCCAUUUAUCAUGGUAUUGCUUAUUGGUCCAGUGGUGAGAAUUUUUGUUUUCUUUAUGUUGAAGUGCAAUCCAUACUGAAGGCUGUGGUCUUUCAAUUUCAUCAGUAAAUGCUUAAAGUUCUCUUCACUUUCAGCAAGUAAGGCUAUGUCAUCUGCAUAAUGUAGGUUGCUAAUGAAUCUUCCUCCUGUCCUGAUGCUGUGUUUUUCUUCUUAUAGUCCAGGUUCUCAGAUUAUUUAAUCAGCAUACAGACUGAAUAAGAAUGAUGAAAAGGUACAACCUCGAAGCACACCUUUCCUGACUUUAAACCAUGCCCCUUGUUCUGCCUAAAUGAUUGCCUCUUAUUCUAUGCAGAUUCCUCAUGAGCACAAUUAAGGCUUCUGGAAUUCCUCUUCUUUGCAAAGUAAUCCAUAAUUUGUUAUGAUCCACUCAGUUGAAGGACUUUGCAUACUCAAUAAAACACAGGUAAACAUCUGUCUGGUAUUCUCUGCUUUUAGCCCGGGUCCAUCUGACAUGAGCAAUGAUAUCCCUGGUUCCAUCUCCACAUCUGAAUGCAGCUAGAAUUUCUGGCAUUUCCCUAUCGAUGUGCUACUGCAGCUGCUUUUGAAUGAUCUUCACCAAGGUUUUGCUUGAGUUUUAUAUUAAUGAUAAUGUUCGAUAAUUUCCACAUUUGUUGGGAUCACCUUUCUUUAAAAUAGGCAUAAAAAUGGAUCUCUUCCAAUCGGUUGGCCAGGUAGCUGUCUUCCAAAUUUCUCGUCAUAGAAGAGUGAGCACGCCCAGAGCUGCUUCUGUUUGUUGAAACAUCAAUUGGUAUUCCAUCAUUCCCUGAUGCCUUGUUUUUUGCCAAUUACAUCAGUGCAGCUAGGACCUCUUCCUUCAGUACCAUCAGUUCUUGAUCAUAUGCUACCUCCUGAAAUGGUUGAACAUUGACCACUUGUAUUUGGUACAGUGACUCUGCAUAUUCCUUCCAUCUGCUUUUGAUGCUUACUGCAUCGUGUAAUAUUUUCUCUGUAGAACCUUUCAAUAUUGCAACUCAAGGCUUGAAUUUUUUUUCUUCAGUUAUUUCAACUUGACAAAUGCCAAGCAUAUUCUUUUUUUUGUUGUUUCCUAACUUCAGGUAUUUGCACAUAUCAUAAUAAUUCUUUACUCUUCUGGAGACAGCCUUUGAAAU